ACAGUGGAAAUCAACUGGGUUCAGGUGAGUUGUACACUGUAAUGUGUCGCAUUAUUUUCUGUAGCAGCCAUUAUCGAAACAACAAAGGACCCUGAAUUGUCAUUUAAUAAUUGUAAGAGCAGUUGUCUGAUAAAUUUUCAAAGGAAUCACCGAGAGGUCAUAAAAUGCGCUAGUCUGCCCCAAACUAGCGGGGCGAAGGGGGGAGGGUGGUUAUUAGAGGAAAUGCGCUAAGUAGCUAAGCUCAAAUGAUAUUCUUAAAUUACAGGAUGCCUCUGGACGGUGGACAAUGGAGGAGAUUCCCAACUCCGAAAAAGUUUUCAAAGCUGAUCUGGUCAUAAUUGCGGCAGGAUUUCUCGGACCUGAGAAAACUUUGGCGGAGCAGUUUGGAAUUAAAAAGGUAAGAAGGACGGGUUCAUAGGUGAUUCGUGAACGUACCACAAAGAUGCAGGCGUAAUUUAUGGGCGAAUAACGCUCAGUAUUUUCUGUUUGUAGUCGCCAUUUUUGAUUUUGAAACCAAAGAAAGGGUGGUGGGCCGUAGUAACCACUUAAACUUUUGCUCAUAAAUCAGUCGCAGUAAAUAAUAGAUCGGGAUUAACUAACCACUCUAAACAAGAUUAUUGUGAAUCUUAGGGCUGUUGCAAUCAACUUCUCGCCUUUCACAAGUUCAACGAAUCCCUGUCACGCCCUCUUACGCUUACACAUUCCUUCUCAUCAUGGAGUGGUUACUAAAUUAUCCCUGACAGGGUGCAACAGAGAUGCCUGUAUGAUAGGUUUGCUGUGAAAAGUGAUUAUUUUAAACCCCCGGGUUAAAAACUCUUACAUGUAUCUUGUGUUAACCAUGUACUGUUGUCAGCUCUGUUUACUCGUAUUUUUCUUCGAUCAUAAGGCGCUCGAAAAAAAAUCUCGAAAUAACUUGACAUGGUAUCGAAGCGAAGCGCGAGAUGGUUGGGAGGGCAUGAAGUGUACAAUGUACCCUGGGUGCCAGAGACUGUUCUUGCGCGGUUUGUGCGAAGAUUUCCGCCACACGCGAGAAAGAAGCCUCUGGUAUCCAUUGUCUGAAGAAUGAGACUGUAAACAACCACUCAAGACUUUUGAAAUUAUUCUACAUGAUUAAUGGCUUAAUGAACAGAUGCUUCCUCUGCAAGACUUAUCACAUUUUUUCAAUUGAAAUUAAUGCUGAUUUUCUGUUUUGCCUUCACAGGAUCCCAGGAGUAAUUUUGCGACUGACAAAAACUGCUUUUUGACCAGUGUUCCCAAAGUGUAUGCAACCGGAGGUAAGAUACCUUGCACUACUGGCUAAAGGAGCUUCGUCGCCAAGUUUAUCACAAGGAAGCUCAAACAAAGGCAUUUUGAGCGACGCGUGUCAAUCAGAAGUGGGGUCUUUUUCAUUUAAAAGCACGUUAACGCUACCAAAUUUGUAUUUCUAAGUGUGUUUACUAUUACAGAGACGAUCUGUCCAAAAAUUUGGGCAAAACCACAGUCCAAAAAUGACAAAAAGACCACUUUCGGUUGAAGUGCGUCGCUCAAAAACCUCUUUGCUUAAGCUCACUAAAAUUCAAACGGAGGGAAUGGCCAGAAAGAUAAGUGAAACAAAAAUAACCGCGCAAAAAGUUAGAAUAGGGUAUAAAUGACACAGCAAAUAGAGAAGGAAGCAAGGAUGGACAAACUUGAAGAAGAGUGAAACGGAUUGCUUUGGUGAUGUUUGAACACUUGUUAGGCUAACUGUUUUUCAAAGCUCAUAUUUGUUGUUUGUAAUGACUGAUCAUGAUAAUGCUUGGGAGACGUUUUGUUUGUCAUAAAGCUGUGAAUGAUCAUUUUGUCGUGCACGAGUAGUUUCUCAAAUUUCGUUGCGAAUAAGGACGCGUAACUCGCGUGCGUUAACUGGUAUUAAAAACAAAAUGAACUUGACAGCUGAGACGCAACCCUUGAAGUCCCUCUGAGAAACAGCGCCGAAAUCCCUGCUCUAGGCCCCCACCAGCGUACUAAGAUUUGAGUACGCGCCAUGAAGUUGAAGGUAAAUUCGAAACUCACUUCCGGUAAUUCGUUGAGUCCGUUGAGGGUCCAGAACAAGGAUAAAGGAGCUGCUUUGCAGACGUUACGAUUACGUCUGCGACGUAGGCUAGAGAUAUGAUGAAUAGCCUUAAGUCAGCCCAUAUUUUCUGAAGCUUUCCACUCGGAAUGGCAUGAAAUCUUGAGUUGGGUUCCCUGUAAUCUUCUCCAUUAUCAUCAUCAUUAUCAUUAUUAAACGAUGAGUGCCAAGGGUGUGAAAAUACGAGUGGCAAAUGUUUAUUUUAACACGUAGAGAUCUAACUAUCCAUCUCUAUUUUCAGAUUGCCAUCGGGGCCAGUCUCUGAUUGUAACAGCCAUUUCAGAGGGAAGACAGGCUGCACGCCAAAUCGACCUCGAUCUAAUGGGUGAGACUUCCCUGGCGGGACCAGGGGGUCAAAUACACAGUGUAACGCCCAUCACAAGGGCAAUUCAAUCGACUGCCUAA